GGUCAUAAAAGCUCCUCUUACCACCGAACAAGCAUCAUUUCCCACCUCAGCCAGACAUACUGUGGCAGCUUUGCUUAUUCCUGUCCGGAGAUCUUGCGAGGCUUGCCCUACAACCCUUUCCUGUCUGACACCUGGAGCAUGGGUGUCAUCCUCUACACUUUAGUGGUGGCUCACCUGCCCUUUGAUGACACCAAUCUCAAGAAGCUGUUGAGAGGGACUCAGAAGGAGGUCACUUUCCCACCUAAUCAUACCAUCUCCCAGGAGUGCAAGAACCUAAUCCUCCAGAUGCUAUGCCAAGCUGCCAAGCGUGCCACCAUCCUGGACAUCAUCAAGGACCCCUGGGUGCUCAAGUUCCAGCCUGAGCCACCCACUUAUGAGAUCAAGCUGCUUGAGGCCAUGUACCAGGAUCCCAACACCACUAAUCCUCAGCAGCCCUUGGAAUGACCUGAAAAUGGUGGAGGCAGGGCGCUGAGAGGAGCAAAGCAGGAGGGUCUGGGUUGACAAAUAUUUUGUAGCAAAAAUAAAU